GUCUGCCUGCAGGACCCGGAGGUGCGAAAGCAAUUUCAAUGCGACAAGAGGCCGGCCUUCGACGUUUGAAGGAGCUUGCGGCGGCCAGGGGUGGACAGUGUCUUGCAGAGCAAUACCGUGGCAUCAGGGCCAAGGUGCCAUGGCAAUGUGAAUUGGGGCAUAUAUGGUAUGCACAGCCAGACAACAUCCAAUACAGUAAGACCUGGUGCCCUGUGUGUGCGGGCUCAGCCCCUCUUGGCAUGCAGCGCUUGCACGACCAUGCUGCGUCCAAAGGUGGACUCUGCUUGGCCUCAGCGUAUCGGAAUACACGUACAAAAAUGCGAUGGCAGUGCAGUGAUGGACACCAGUGGGAGGCAACUCCAGCGAACAUCAUGUAUGUGGGCAGCUGGUGCCCGAAGUGCGCCCUCCAAGCUAGAGCAGAGAAACAAAAAGGCUCCGGGCGAAAACGAACUUGCAAAAGGCUGGGCCUGCUUGAUUUGCAGGCGCAUGCUGCUACCAAGCAUGGCUUGUGCUUGGCUGCUAGCUAUCAGAACUCUGCAACAAAAGUGCUGUGGCAAUGCGAAUUUGGUCACCAAUGGAGCAGCGCUCCCAAGAAUGUGCUGUACAAAGGUACUUGGUGCCCACACUGCGCGAGGAAGGCUUCCCCAACCUUGCAACAUUUGCAGGAUCAUGCUUCGGCACUUGGUGGCGAAUGCACCUCGGAAGGAUAUGUGAACCUGCAUAGCCACCUGAACUGGAAAUGCAAAGUCGGCCAUGUGUGGCAAGCAAGUGCCGCAUCCGUCAUUCAUCACGGAAGCUGGUGCCCUUUCUGCGCCGGCAAGGCACCCAUUGGCCUGGCGCGUUUGCAAGCUCACGCAGCAUCCCUAGGUGGAGAAUGCUUGUCCACCACAUAUACAAACAAGUAUAGAAAACUUCUGUGGCGCUGUGCGCUUGGACAUACAUGGACGGCUAUUGCAGGCAGCGUUUUGCAUGGCCGUACCUGGUGUCCACACUGUGCAGCUAUGAGGUGGCGAAAUGAGUCUGAAGUGCGCCAGAUUUUCGAAGCCAUUUUUGCACCGGCCAGGUUUGGCGCAACAUUUCCAGGUUUUUUAGGAGGGCUGCAACUUGAUGGCUACAACCCGGAGCUGCGUUUGGCUUUUGAGUACCAUGGCGCGCAGCACUAUGAGCCCGACAACUAUUUUCAUUUUGGCGACGUAACAAAGUUUCACGGCCAGCAGGAGAGAGACAACAGGAAGGAGCAGCUGUGCGCUCAAGCCGGCGUGCGCCUCCUGGUGGUCCCAUACUUCGUGAAGGACAAGCAGACAUUCGUUCGGUUGGCUUUGCUGCGAUGGUUCCGCAUGUCUGCCAUGGUGGUGCCUCCAGAGGUCACGACGGCAGUGGAGCUGCGCAGCGUGCUGCUGAAGUUUCUAUUCCUCGAACGCGGUGAGCAAGCAGACGGGCUAGGGGGCGGUCUGCCUCCGGUGGCGCUCCUGCGUGCCAAGUCUCUCGAGGAGGUUGAUGUGUCCGAGAUGCGGGCCGUCGCGAACUUGCUGGAGAUGCCCGAAGCUGAACUCCGGGCGGUGGCCGACCAUGUCAAGAGCCAGCAGGCGCUUCCAGCCUCACUGAGGGCCGAAGCCUCACCCGCGGCCCUUCGGCGCGUGCUGGGGCUGCUGGAUGUUUGGCACGAGGAGCUCACCACCCCCGCGCCGGCGAAGCCCCGCUUCGCGCCCGUGGCCGCGUACCGCCGCCAGGCAGCCGCGUUGGUGGCUGCGGCGCGCCAGCUGCUCAAGGCCGAGGAGGCCCCCUCAGGUUACUGGGAAGAGAGCCUAGGAGUCUCAGAGAUAUUUGGGGAUUAG